AUGAUGGAGGAGGGUGGCAAGAGGGGUUCAGGGGUGCGGUCAGUGCUGACUUUCGGCGAAUUUGCCUCCUCGGAGAGGCAGGCGGAGGUUUAUCAGACGAUCAUUGAUGCCCUGCAGCAGACAGGACAGUCGUCCCACGAUUUCGUUCAGGAUGGCAAAGUCGGCACCUGCGUCUCGUCGCUCUGCCUUGGAGAGACCGUUUCAGAAGAAGAUGUAGCCGGCAUACACCUCCUCCAGUUGACCUUGUUCGGAGAAUCGGGUCUCGCUGUGUACUGCGAUGUCCACUUUGUAGCGUGCCAGUUACCGAGCCACUAG